AUGCGCAACGGUCUCUUCCUUCCAGUGUGCCUCCGCUUCCUCUCACCCCCCGCUUCUCCCAUCCCAGAGCCGGCUGACGCGGCAGCAGAAGGAGCGCGUGAAGCAGUUCGUGAGCAGCACUGGGGCAAGGUGGGGCGCACGGGGGCAAGGUGGGGCGCACGGGGGCAAGGUGGGGCGCACGGGGGCAAAGUGGGGCGCACGGGGGCAAGGUGGGGCGCACGGGGGCAAAGUGGGGCGCACGGGGGCAAAGUGGGGCGCACGGGGGCAAGGUGGGGUGCACUGGGGCGCACGGGGGCAAGGUGGGGUGCACUGGGGCGCACGGGGGCAAGGUGGGGCGUGUGCGUGGGGAAUGCAGGGCGGACGGUGUAG